AUGGGUAUUCCACAGUGGUCCGAGCAGGACGAGUGUCAGGCGCGCAUGCAAGAUGCCGGUCUCUACAUCGACUGGCCAAACCCCUACAACCUCGAACCGGGCCUCUAUAUUAUCGUCCACACGGACUAUGCCACCCGGCCCGGCGACAUUAUGGAUGUUAUUGACGACGCAUAUAGUGCCGUCACAACGCGACUCAAAUCGCAAAAGUUCAGCAAUCCGAGGCAGCCACUUCCAGGGCGCAAGAGCCUUUUCAUCCAUUAUGAGCUGAUCAACCAGGAUGAUGGGACCACCAACUCCUUCCCGACAGAGGUAGACCUCUUUGAGGAUGUUCAGAGACACCUCAUGCACAUGUUUGAUCAGCUGGAGUUCGGGAUAAAGUUUGAUUUCCCGUAUAAACUUGGUCCAGUGCAUGUGUUUUGGUGUGAUAUGGUCGAGUGGGAGCAUGACCUUCCCACUGUCACUGUUGAAGUGUUUGAGGAGACGGAGUCUGAUUCGCAGGACGCUGUCUCCCCCACAAUCACAGUUGAAAUGUAUGAGGAGGUAGACUCUGACUCGUAA